AACUAACAAAAAAGUAUGUUUGAAUACAAUCAAAGACAGACGAAUCUCUGCACGUUGAUCCAAUGUAUCGUAGUUCCAUUUUUUUUCGUUACGUAAAACGCAUUUGCCUUCCUUGCGUAUGGUGGAGGCGCAUGGUGGCUCGUACAGCAACCGCGAAGUAAUCCCGCGGUUCAGUACGACUGUCCUAUACAGACCGCCAAAAAUACCGCAGCUAUUCCCACGCAUAAGCCACCACAUAAGCGUUUAUGCUGGCUAGCAUGUGACCGUGGGUGGACCGCGGAGUUGUCCUUCGCUAUCGCGUCAAACGUGGAGCACACGAUUUCUGAAUAGCAUUCUCGUAUCAAGUAGCAUUUUGUAGCUUAAAAGCUGUUGUGACAACAGUGUGCACUCUCUCUAACAAACCAAGUCACCGGUGCGAUGAGCGUGAGCACCGAACACAUGUCUAUCUCCCUUUCAUUCGAUACAGUGUUGUGCAAAGCAAUGCUCGAUGGGACAAGGCAAUGUUGCUGGAAAGAACGCACUUUUUAGCUCGUUUGGUACAUUUCCAACAAAUACGAAACACAACCCGAAGUAAGCCCGAAACCGGAAAGGCAACAAGUUCGGUUACUGGUCGUGCCGUCGGUUCGCGGUUUUUCAUUGACGCGCAUUGUAUCGUCGAAGAAGAAAUAGGGGAGCGAAUGUGUUGUCGUCCCAACGAUACAAUCUCUCCAAAACGAGAACGGAAAGCACAGGCACAGGCUACGGGGAAGGAUGUUCGCGAAGGAAACAUUGCUCGAGAACCUGUUGCGACCGAACCCAAUGGACGUAACGUAGAACAAACCCUUAGGGUGGAAUGGAAAACACGCUGCUCGUGCCAGUUCAUUCGGAUUGUUGUUUAGGAUUGCUAUCACCCCAUGGUGCUGGCGUACAAGCGGAAAGUUGGCAAGUGGAAGGUAAACAGAACUAAACGACGAAGGGAUGGCUACGUGUUGCUUCUGUGAACGUACCGUUCGGUUCAGUAUGCGUCCAACAGUUGCCUGUUGCACAUCUCGAUCCGAACAUCCGGUUCAACGUUCGGUACCACCAAGUCGGUGAGAAAGUGUUUCGUGUGUUGAUUGAAUUAUUGGACAAUUUCGGAAUUUCAGCGGUUCGGCUUAUCCGAUAGGAGAUCUAUCGUGUGUCCGAUUACUCGAUUAUGAUGGACGUUGGGAAUGGAAAGCUUUCUAGUGCAGUGUUGUUAACGUAUGCAAACAAGUGUCUACUACUACCUGUUGCUAACUUUGUGCGUGAUCCGACAGGUUGCUGCUGAGUUCUAAAUCAAUUCCUGGCCAGUGAUGUUGCAGUGCAGUGGCAAAUGGUGAAGUUUCCGGUAUAGUUUUCGAAGACUUUGCGAAGUGAUUCUUCGCCGAAGCAGUUGCCUGGAUGGUACACGUGCCGUGCAAUUAUAGGACUGUGUAGAACUUUGACACUCAGACAAACUGCUGCAUGUACCUCGAUGCCAAUUAGAACGUGCUCUACACGGCGCCCUAUAUGCACGCAGUUUCAUCGUUCUUCUACGUCUGUGAGUGCGCGUGAUACUGUUUCACUCAAUUGUGCCGCAUACUAGUGAAAGAGCACCUCCAAACUUACUAUCCUCACAAGACUCACGCCAGCCGAGAUUGCAAUCCAGAGUGUCAGAGGUGGUUUCAGUUUGCCUUUGCCCAACCACUUACCAACUAUCGCCAGACAGGCCUCACAGUGCAGGUGUUUAGUGAAGUGGCAGCGAGAGUUUUCCAUUAAUAAAUUAAACUGCUAAUUAGAUAAUUUCCUUCCACCUUAACGGUGGUGACAAAAGUGGUGGUACGUCGUCCUUCUCCUGCACACGGAGAUUCAACGCUGCACAACGGAGCACAGCGUGAAGAUGCCAUCAGUGUGGUAGCAACACAGAGGAUCCCAGAUGUACGUCGCAUUAGUUAAUUAACAACAAACAGCUUGUGAAGCGCAUGGAAAAGAUAUUCUUAAUUCAGUAAAAAAAAAUAUCGCCCUAUUUAAAUACUACAAAAUAUUCUACCAGCCGAUCGCGAUGCGUUCCGAUCUUUCCGACGACAAGCACAGUGUGCAGUUGGCCGCAGCCGAAAUAGCAGAAUCAUCCGAUACGAGCGGAUUCUACGAGCUAGCCUCGAACGGUACCACGAAUGGUAUCAUCAAUGGAAGUGGAAACCAUUCGCAUCACCAUCAUCACCACCAUCAACACCAGCACCAUACGCAGCAUCAUCCGCAUCAUCACCAGCAUCAUCAUCCAAACAACCAUCAUACUGGCCAUACCCAGCCGCAUCAGCAGGAGCUGCAGCAGGAUAAGAAUGCAAAUAUGCUGCAAAGUGAAUCCCUUACGACUCAUGCGACCGGUGGCAUUACCCUGAGGGCUACCUCACGACCGAAAAGGGCCACCAGACGCAUGCAAAUGGAAGCUACAAUCGAUCCGGACAUGACGGACUCAAGCUCACAGAGUGAUGAUACGAGCUGUGGCAGCAGCCGCACGGGCAGCCGGGGUAGUAAUGGUGGCCGCUCCGGUCAAGGAGCUGCUGGUAAUGGGAGCAGCAGUAGCAGCGCUGCCCGUCGUCGUAAAGGUGCGAUGAACGCCAAGGAACGGAAUUUACGACGCCUGGAGUCGAAUGAACGCGAACGAAUGCGAAUGCACAGCUUAAACGAUGCGUUUCAGUCUCUGCGGGAAGUCAUUCCGCACGUCAAGAAGGAAAGGCGCCUGUCGAAGAUCGAGACACUCACGCUAGCUAAGAACUAUAUCACCGCGUUAACCGAUGUUAUCAUAGUGAUGCGCGGUGAAGGUGAGGCGGCAGCUGCCGCCAACGGUACCCUACCGCAUAAUUGUGCCACCACCCUACCGAUUACCGAUGUCGGAACGGUGGCCACCUUAGCGAUGCAGACCAACUGUCUCGCAGCGAUACAGGCUAAAACGCAACCGGAAGUCGUGGGUCCAUGUCAUGCAACCGAUGUGGAUCCCAUUUCUUCCUCGCUCGACAUAAUCUCCGCAUCCGUCGGCACAGCACUCGACUGCCAUGAGCGUGUCGUACUGCAGCAUCAUCUCACACUUCCUCCCCAUCAGCAUCAUCAUCCCCAGCAGCAGCAGCAGCAUCACCAUCAGGUGCAGGAUGGAAGCAGCAGUAGCAAUAGCAGCAAUGGCAGCACAACCAGCAGCAAUGGCAAUAGCAGCAGCGGUACCAGCAACAACAACAACAACAACGGUAGCAACGCCAGCAUAACCAACACCACCGGCAGCAUCAUUGACGUGUCCGUCGUGACGACUGCGAAUGGCCACCAUCAACACCACGGUAGCAUAAACAACAAUCACCUUAAUACCCACCAUUUCAAUAACAAUAGCGCUAGCAGUAUAGAUAUCGAAAACAGCUUCUACGAGGAUCCAUUUCAAAUGAUGUAAUCCCCAUUCGAGAACCGAACCGGUCCAUUCCUCUCGCAAACAGAAGGCAUUCCAUCCUUAGGUCUGGAAAAUGUCCAGGAAAAUGUUUUCGUUAGCUUACAGCAGACACAUUCUGCGAAACAGAAAACGGAAAGAAUGGAAACAUCUUCUAUGUGGAGAGGACAUCGAGAAGAAUCACUUCCAACCUGCUCUGUUGAUCUAUUGUUUUGCGUAAUCUCCGUUCUGGCACCAAGGCUUUUUUUAAGGGAACAGAAAUAGCUGAAGAAAAUGGUAAGUAAAAAUAUUUAGGAUGGUGACGCUUAUGCAAAGCACUAGAACAAAAAUGAUAACUGGGCUAACAACAAGGUUUUUGCUACUACGGAGCAUUCCGAGUGGUUUGUUUUGUUUUUAUUUAAUUUUAUGUCCCUGCGUCCCCAUUCCUUCCAUCAGACAUACGGUACGACUGAGAACGGUCUGCUUCUAAAAUCUCAAGACUUAUACCUGAUGCACGUAUCCACUUUUCAAGGGAUCCACCGUUGUCCUCGAACUUCAUUCUUCACCAGGUGACCAACACCCUUCACGCUGGCCUUUAUAGACCAUCCUACUUCCAUGUAGGCCACUCGGCUAAGGUAAUUUUACCUAGCGAAGGUUGGAGAUACAUCCGUACCAAGAGAACGUGGCCAACAUCGCAAGAUUGUCCACCGUUGGAAGCGUUUUGUGUGGUUGUGUGCACUUUGCUUAAGGACAGAUUUUUGUUUUAUUUAUUCACCUCAGUUUUGUCCGGUUGGUGAUUUAUUAGUAUUCCACGUGCGGGCACAAAUUCUACUCUUCCGUGUUUCCACCCCAAAACACGGCAAUCGUCGUAAGGCCGUCCUUGAGUUCUGCUACAACAAUCAGCUGCUGCAAAUGGUGAAUUCUUUUCAUUUUCUCAUAUUAAGAAUAUGGACCAUAUGGAGCAUGACAUGGAAAAUGGUAUGUGAGGCGUAUAAGGCCUCCCACGGCUAUGAAAUCUUCUGGAUGGGUUUUUACAACCUUUUUGUUGUGUUGUUGAGCAAUAACAGUGGAUGAUUUAAUGCUCCAGAUUUCUUCUAAUCUUACCAUACACCAUACAAAUACACUUUGGUAUUGUUGUUUCCAUAGAAAGCAGAAUAGACACAAUCGUCAUAUGGUUUGCAACACAAUAAGAAAAUUUGCAGUCCCUAUCAAGUGUACAUUCUAGAGAAUGGAUUUUAAGUAAGCCAUUGUACUGGAUAGCAUCACAAUUAGUAGGAUUGCACAGAAUGGUCACUAAAAUUUAUACGGUUGUGAUUGUUUGUUGUUGUCUGAUCUAUGCGUGGUUAUUCCACACUUCUCUCCAUCUGAACAUCACUAAUCUAUUCACCCACGAAUAAGAAAAUUCGAAUAUUAGAGUAGAAAACAUUCUGAAUAUCGUUGAUUCUGUCCCUUAAUUCGGUUGGAUUACAUUCCUCGUUCAUAAAGGGACAACAGAUCAAGACUAUUGAUGAAUGAAACCAAUUCAUCACAUGUUUGUUUCGGCACUAUUGAUAAGUAAUUGCAGGCCUUUUUAUACGGCGCCAAACGUUAGAUCCAAACUAUGUUUCAAAACAAUGAAUUUUCUUUAUCCUCAAUACGUUAUACAAAUAUUUUCUACUAUUCCAAGAUUAUACAAAAAAUACUAAAAUUGAUAUUUCCCACCAAACUGUAUGUGCACGUGCUUUCGGUUAAGAUGUAUUAUAUCUAAAUGUAUUUCAAAUCUGUUCGCCCCCAAAAUCAGUCAACUUUUUCUAAGCUUUUGAAAUCCAAUUACCAUUCCAUCGCUACGGACACCGUAUCGGUUCGGGUGCUUCGGGUGUAAAAUGGCCUCACACUUUUUGGAAUGCCUUUAUGCGCGUCCCUCGUCACUGCUUGCAUACACCUGCCCCUUGGCGCAAUACCGAAAGCAUUAACGGUGUAGCGCAAAAACAAAGUCGCUAAACGAAUCAACGAGUUUUUACCGGUAUAGAACCCGGAUUCGCGAAGAUGUUCUUUCCAUAUAACGUGUACAUUGGAUGUCCUUUCGUCCUUCGCAAAAAUUGAACUGCUUCCACCUUCACUGGUUGGAAGCAGUUGCUGGAUUGACGGAGUAGAAGAAAAAAAACGUGUCACAUCGAUACGGGUGCCUUCAACAUAAAAGCACCCUCGGACGACCCUUACUAUCCUUGGUUAAAGCUCUGUCACGGCGCGGUAUGCCAUCUCGUUAUCGUUCGUCUUCGAAUAAAUGUAUCUUCGUCAAAGGCAGCAGAUAAUAAAUUUAUCGAAUUUUUUCCCCCUUACUACCCGCCUGAUCCUUCAGCGCAUAGUCGCCUACGUCGUUUAGGAUCUACAUCUAUCUCAUCUGGAUAGGUUAGAAAGAUCCAUUCUUAUCAUUCAUUCUUGUCUGUCUCACCUGCCAGGGGAAAUAAAUACACUUCAUUUUGAAUAUCCUUUUUUAAAUAGGCUUCUUUUUCCUUUAACUCAGCUUCCUCAAAUAAAGCGACCCAGUUCUUGAACUUAGCUAUUCAAACCUUGGACUUCUACAAUGACCUUGUAGUGUUUAAUGCAAAGCAAGAGGAAAAUUGCAAUGGUGGUAAUAAAAUAAGCAAAUUCAAAAAUAAAAAAUAAAACUUUCGUAGCACAACAUUUUCCACAAACAACCAUUAUGCGCUUCUCAUUCCUCUCCAGAAGCACACAGCUUUAUAGACUACGGAAUGAUUCUGUUUCGAAAGAAUUCGAAGCAGUAAAACGAUUUAGAAUGUAGCGGAUAAGUUCGCCUACCAGCAUUUCGUUAUGGCUGCCGUGUUUGCCGACGAACAUUAACCCUUUUUCCUUCCGCGUUCCUCGCAUUUAUAGCCCAACAGCAUUGUCACUUCCAAGGGAAAUGCUUACGAAAUCGUUAUCUCCAAUGACGACUUUCGGAUGUACGUGUGUGUGUGCAUGAAGUCUUUUCUAUUUAACCUUAGCCCCUCGAUAUGAUUGUGAAUGGCUAUCCAGUUCGAACUAAUUUUAUUCUAGCCCAAUCGAAUAGGAUAAUUUGACCAUUGUGCGACCCGGAGCGAUGGGAUGAAUGAGCACGAUGAUAUCAUGGUGGGGUUGCUUGGUACGAUUGAAGAAAGAAUCUGAAUCCAUCAAUCAUAAUUUUCUGUUUUCUUCUUACCUUUUCGGAGAAGCUGGGCUGAUGCUGAAACACAAAGGACCAGGCGUCUCCAUCGGGGUUACGUUACCAUCUUAUGAUGGUAUCUGCUGUGUUAGAAUUUUAUCUUUUUCUGUUACUGAUUAAUAUAAAUUCCAUGAUGUAUAAAAGUUUUACAUAAAAACAAAAAAUACUUGAUAUUCUAAAACUGAAUAUAAUACCUACAACAGCGUACCUACGAUACACCAUACACCAUAUUGCACCUUCUCUCCACCAUUGACAAUAAAUUCCUUUCGGUCUGUUCUCUUUUACUGUUGUUGUGUUAUUAUAUUUUAUUAUCACAUCAACAACAUUCCCUUAUAACGGCAAUCAAGCGGCAAUCAUUCUUGGGCUCAAUUAUUGCCAUUGCCACUCCAUGAUUCUCAACCUACCCAAUCUAAUAGUCGCCUUAUUCGUUCAUUCAAGUGUAGGCACGCGUCGCUAAAACCUUUGAACCUUCCUUUUGCCACAUGUUGCUUCACAAUCGGCAGAACAUACCGUUGUUUGGUGUCGUAAGGCGCAAAGAAGAUAAAUACGUAUUUAUGUACAUCUAAUUCUAUCAAACGAUUCUUCUGCAUACAUACGCGCGUCUGUUGCGUGAACCGUGUGCGCUCACUAGCUUCUUGACAGUGGGCAGACUUCAACCCCAAAACAUCGCCCGGGGCGGUGGGUUUUAGCGAUGGGAAAAACAAAGCGAACGGUUCUUCAACCCCAACUCGGUUCGGUACAACGGUACCGAAUCUGUACCGUGAUUUGUGCCGGGUGUGGGAGAUCCUUCCGAGAAUUCGUUUCUCUCUCCUAUCGGAUGGCAACGCUCGCUGCAUUGUACCCGACCCUGGAUGGCAAAAGGGAAUCCUUUAAGGAACCGUUUAUAAUAACAUUACACGCAGAUUUACGCAUCUACAAAAGAGAACCUCCCAAU